UGGAGGUGUUCGAGGCCGAAACGCCCAGCCCGGCCAAACAGUGCUGGAACGCGGUCGAUCUCACCGAGCUCAUCGAGUUCGAGCACGAAGACCAGAGUUCGAGCAUCGACGAUGGCUGGUCUCAGCACGUGGAGCCUCCCUUGGCGGUGGUGGGCAGGCCGCGCGGUCGCGGCCGCGGACGGGGCCGCGGCGUCGGUCGGCCGAGGGGGCGGCGGGGCGCGUCCGUGAGUGGCGGCAGGCAGGCGCCCGUCCAUUCCACCAGCCUUGUGUUUGCCGAUGAACUGUAGGCCCAGCAGCUGCAGGAACAUAAGGUACAAAGCUGGGCCACUCCAGCACAGUGUGGCUGGGCGUCGCAUUCACUUCGUACGACCGAAGUCUCGCACAGUGAGUGCCGAGCGAUGGACAGACAAACCCGCUGUGGAGACUGCCCAGGGUCCCGCAGGCUGAGCGCGGCACAGACUAACUCACGCUGAGAUGAUCGCUGUCUCGAGCGGCUCCGUACGCCCCGCGCUCACGGACAGCGCCUGUGCCGCCAGGGACGCUUUUAACACCAUCCAUGGUUUCACGUAUCCUCACAGUGGCGGACGGUGUUACAUUGUAAGAUAGGAUGAUUUGAAGCAUUCGUGUCACCAUUCACCCACCAUGUUUUCGUUUUUAUUUAGUGCUCCUUGUAGCACAGGGAUCAUGGCUGUCUUCAGCCUUGUGUUGAGCACCGAUUUCCCGGUUAAAGGCGGAAACAGACUUUCCGCAGUCAGAAGAUAACACGAGGGAGCCUUUUAAAUGACUCAACUAACGCUCACAUCAACCGUACGCAUGGAGGCGGGAUCAAUCAAUCAAUCCUACGCACCUCCAUCCUUGCGAUUGAUGCGAGUGUGGUUUAUGCUAUUCAAUAGGCUCUCGAAUGUUAUCUUAUGGCUGCGUAAAAAGUCUGGCAUAGUGUAUGAUUUUGUUCACUUGCAUACCGAUGCUGUUUCGUUGGGUUUUGUGUAUAUACGCGCGAUUCAUGUGUGUGCGUGUGUGUGUAUGUGUUUGUGAGCCGUGCAUAGCGCGUGGAGACUAGGGCGUGGAGGAAAUGCGGACACACGCUUGCGUACUAGGCUCAUUGGAUGAAAGUGUUUUCUGCACUUUGUCAUACUAUUAGCUCAUCGAAGAUGUGGAAUGACAAGGGCGAGUUAGCUUUGAGGGUUCUAAAUAUUUUUGUUGCACUAGCUGCUUAAUUUCCGUGGGCUGUAUAAAGUAAAUAAAAGUUGACGCGCAUUAUUAUGUCUUGGGUCCUGAUGACCUAGGCUGUCCUGCCCCCCCCCCCCCGUCGUAAGAUAACAGUGGGUUAGUGCAGAACGGGUGGGCAGCAUCUCGGGACGGUGCAGCGACCGGGCCAUCGUUUCCAUGUUCUGACAGGUAACAGUACUGUGACAUGUGACGUGUUCAGACCCUGUCCUGACGCCGGACGCUGUCUCGCUCCGACAUGUGCUGGCUCGGACGACAAAAUCAUCUCAGCUGUGAUUAGUGGGACUACGUGACGUCACGAUUUUUUUGUUUCGGUAAUAACGUCAAAGUCUAUAUAAGCAUCCAAGUGUUGCAAUAUUUCUGCUAAAUUUGUUCCUUCAAAGAAGCUAUGACCUCAUCCAUGGCCAGUGUAUCUUUUUCCUAAGUCCAUGGCUUGAACUGGCAUGGUGGUGCCCUCUUGAAAGCCAGAUGGCGCUCAAAGCGAUGCCAUUGGACGUCAACGAGGCAUGUAGAGCUGCUGCCUCACUCCUCAUUGAAGAUCGAUUGAAGUUUCGAACAGCCGAUUGGGCCGGCUCUGAAAGCAACAUGUUCCUCCGGAAUGACCGUGCUCACAGCUGUCCCACAAGACCUGCCUGCCUUACGCGGGACAGACAGCAGGGGUGCACUCAGCCUCAGCGGCGCACCAUAGAGUGUACCUACUCCAAUCAGCCCAAUGUCUCCAUUGUCCUCCUGGCCUGCGGCCCUGAACUGGUCUGUAAAUAGAACGAAUGAGUCUAAAUCAACAAACGAAAUGAGUGGGACGCUCCAGAUUAGUGAGUUUUUUUUUCCACUUGUUAGGUAGUAAAAAAGACUGCAAAUCGCGCUGGGACCGGCGCGAUUCGAUGUGCUUGUCGAGGAACUUUUCGAACCACUGUUAAAGGGUUUUUUCGUCUUGCCAGUGUGCAGUGUGAGCGAGCACCCAGGCAAAUUAUGCAUUAUCUACAGCAGGGAGGAUCUACCAAAACCAGGGAGGUCACUCCUAAUCCGGCAAGGGGCUAUAAGAGGCAGUGUUAGCUUUGAAAGUGCGCAAUGUACGUUGCACAUGUAUAGCAGCCCUUGAUAAGCUAAACAUAUGGAGCGUAGAGUAGGUGGAUUUGGUCGGUGGACAAUCGCAGAAAAGGCACCAGCUCGUGAACUCCUCUCCGCGUAUCCUAACUGCGCAGUGUGGCGGGAGCCCACGGGCCCGGGUCGGCCGCUGCUGCGCUGUUCUCCCGUGCGGCCCCGAACUCUCCCUCUCGUCCUCGAAUAAUCAGCUCGCCGAUCAGCCCUGGAGGACCGGCCGCGCCACCGCGCCCGCGGCCGCGCCUUCGUCUCCACCAAUAGGGGAGCGGCCGGCCGAGAGGCGACCAAUCAGCGGCAGCCGUCUGGGGCCGGCCGGGCGACAGUCAGACGGACCAUCUCCCCACUGGACACUGCGGAACGCACCUGAGCUCGGCCGUGGGCAGUGCACCUAUACGCGACCUUCAUCGGGACAUCAUGACGAGUUACGAGGACAAGGGCGAGAAGCCGGCCGGCGGCAAGUUUGUCCACUUUGACCACGUCACCUUCUGGGUGGGCAAUGCUAAACAGGCGGCUUCCUACUACUGCACCCACCUGGGGUUCGCGCCGCACGCGUACGCCGGCCUGGAGACGGGCAGUCGCGACGUGGCCGCCCACUGCGUGCGCCAGAACGACAUCUACUUCGUGUUCAAGAGCGCGCUGAAGCCGGGCAACAAGGAAAUGGGCGACCACCUGGUGCGACACGGAGACGGCGUCAAAGACGUAGCGUUUACCGUGGAGGACCUGGACGUCAUCGUCGAGCACGCCAAGAAGCGCGGCGCCACCAUUGUCAAGGACAUCUGGGAGGAGAGUGACGCUAGCGGCUCGGUGCGAUUCGCCGUGGUGCAGACGUACGGCGACACGACGCACACGCUGGUGGAGCGCGGCUCGUACUCGGGCCUCUUCCUGCCCGGCUACCAGAAGCCGCUGGCAGCCGAGAGCAAGCUGCUGGCCACGCUGCCGCCGGUGGGGCUGCGCUUCGUCGACCACGUGGUGGGCAACCAGCCCGACCUGCAGAUGACCAACGUGGCCGACUGGUACGAGAAGUCGCUGGCCUUCCACCGGUUCUGGUCUAUCGACGACAAGCAGUUGCACACCGAGUUCUCGGCACUGCGCUCCAUCGUCGUCACCAACUGGGACGAGACUAUCAAGAUGCCCAUCAACGAGCCAGCUCCCGGCAAGAGGAAGUCUCAGAUUCAGGAGUACGUGGACUAUUACGGCGGUGCGGGUGUGCAGCACAUCGCUCUCAACACGACCGACAUCAUCGGCUCGAUCCGAGCGAUGAAGGCGCGCGGCCAGGAGUUCCUCACCAUCCCCGACACUUACUACGAGGAGCUGCGAGAACAGCUCAAACACUCCAAGGUCAAGGUGGAAGAGGACCUGGACGUUCUGCAGGAGCUGAACAUCCUGAUCGACUACGACGACGACGGCUACCUGCUGCAGAUCUUCACCAAGAUCAUGCAGGACCGACCGACGCUGUUCAUCGAGGCCAUUCAGCGAAACAAUCACCAGGGUUUCGGAGCCGGUAACUUCAAGGCGCUGUUCGUCGCCAUCGAAAUUGACCAGGCGAGACGGGGCAAUCUGUGAGCGGCGUCUGGACCGGACCAGACCAGCAUCUGAACAGAACCGAACCAAAACGGCCCCUGAACAGGACCAGACUGGAGUUUGACCGGACCUACGUGGGAGGCUCCGCAGUUCUGUGAAAGCGUCCGACAGAGACAGACAGACCAGGUCUCGUACACAGCAGUGCCAGUCCGCUCCGCUCCGCCGCGACUAACCUCGGUGCCAGGGUACUAGGUAGCGCCUCAGACUCCGUCCAACAUUGACCAGUGUGUAGACCGGCGCGCAGUACGCGACUGGAUAAUGGUGCCGUCUCAGAUGUGAAGUGUAUGCCGGCGCCUUGCUAAGCAUAAUUGCUUUCUUUCCGAAGGCCGGUGUGCAAUAUUGUGGUUACUGGGCAAUAUUUGGGGAAUACAUGUAUUAACUGCG